UUUACUAGACCGGAAUACUCAGCUCUGGAGCCUUCUCCACAUUUUUCCAGAACCUUCUACUCCCUCCCUUUCUCUUCUUCAAAUAUAACCACCGCUAACAGAAUUUGCACCAUUCAUUCUCUACUCUCUUAAACAAUCUUCUCUCCCAAUUGUAACCCCAAUGGCUUCCUCUCUUGCACUCAAGCGAUUUUUCUCCUCCCCCCUUCUUUCAAGGUCUCUUCUCCUUCGCCCCGUCGCAUCUUCCGCUUGCCGAUCUUUCAACACCAACGCCAUGCGCCACUACGAUCAACACUCCGAUGAUGACCGUAAAGUUGAUGUUGAUCGCCGCUCCUUCCCCCGCACUCGCCGCGAUGAUCUUCUUCUCUCAGAUGUGUUCGAUCCGUUUUCUCCACCACGGAGCUUAAGUCAAGUCCUAAACAUGGUGGAUUUACUGACGGACAAUCCGGUCCUUUCUUCUGCUUCGCGUCGCGGUUGGAAUGCGAGAGAGACAGAGGAUGCUCUGCUUCUCCGUUUGGAUAUGCCUGGACUCGGUAAAGAAGAUGUCAAGAUCUCCGUGGAACAGAACACUCUUACCAUUAAAGGUGAAGAAGGUUCUAAAGAAAGUGAAGAGGAAGAAAGUGGUCGUCGAUUCUCUAGCAGAAUCGAUUUACCAGAAAAACUUUACAAGAUUGAUGAGAUUAAAGCUGAGAUGAAAAACGGCGUGCUCAAGGUUAUUGUGCCCAAAAUGAAGGAACAAGAAAGGAACAAUGUCAUUAACGUCAAGGUUGAUUAGAAUAAUAUCACAUUUUACUCGUUUUUCUUUUUGUACAAGCUCUUGAAUCUAGAUUUUGAUGGAUCUAGAAUUGAACACUUCAAUAUUUUCUUGUUCGCUAUUGUUAAUUACGUCAUGUUUUCACUUUGAAACUGCGUGAUGAAAUGAAAUCUAAUAUGCUUCUUCUA